AUGGCGCAGAACACCACCACUGCUUUGGAAUCCCAAAAGAACAAGAAUCUGGUCGUCCUCGGCGGUUCUUAUGGCGGUGUAUCUACUGCCCACUAUCUCCUCAAGCAUGUUGUUCCCAACCUGCCCGACAAAGCGUCGUUCUCGUACCAAGUCAUUAUUGUUAGCGCCGCCGCGCAGGCCAUGUGUCGACCUGCUUGCCCUCGUGCGCUGAUAUCGGACGGCAUGUUCCCUCAAGUGAAGCUCUUCAUCGACAUCCCGAAAGCAUUUGAGCAAUACCCCAAGGGCAGCUUCCGCUUCAUUCAUGGCACAGCAACGGAGCUCGACCAUACCAACCGAACUAUCUCUGUCAGCUCGGCGGCAGGCAACACCGAGAAAGUCGAUUUCUACGCUCUUGUUAUCGCUACUGGCGCAUCCACGCCUUCGCCACUACUUGGUCUAAACCGGGACAUCGAAUUCCUGCGGACAAACUGGGCUGCGUUCCGGAAAGCACUACCAACUGCGAAGAGCAUUGUCAUUGCUGGCGGAGGUCCGGCGGGCAUUGAGACCGCUGGUGAGCUCGGCGAGUUCCUGAAUGGCCGCGCCGGUUGGUUCAGCUCGAAGAUAGCGAACCCCAAGGUCCCUAUUACUGUCGUGACCGCUGGCUCCAAUAUUUUGCCCGCACUUCGACCUGCCAUUGCGAAGACAGCUGAAGAUUAUCUUGCCAAAGUUGGCGUGACUGUCGUCAAAAACGCGCGGGUCAAGACCGUGACGCCACAUGGCGCAGGGACAGACAUCGUCUCGACCAAGACAACGUUAACACUCGAGGAUGGGAAGACGCUGGAUGCUGAUCUCUACAUCCCCGCAACCGGCACGACGCCAAACACCGGUUUCAUCCCAGAAGCUCUCCUAACAGCAGACCGCCGUGUUGACACCAAUGCCUCCACCUUGCGUGUCGAUAACGCCGGACCUCGUGUUUACGCUGUCGGCGAUGCGGCAUCUUAUGCACGCCCUGCUGUCCAUCUCAUCCUUAACGCUAUUCCCGUCCUCGGCGCGAAUAUUAAACGUGAUUUGCUGCUGGGUGCUGGGAAGGAGGAAAGCUCCAUUGGUGAGGACCGGGUAUACAAGGAGGAUACUCGCGAGACGCAAAUGGUGCCGAUUGGCAAGAGCAAGGGAGUUGGUGCGGCGAUGGGAUACCAGCUGCCCAGCUUCAUGGUGUGGUUAAUCAAAGGCCGGGACUACUGGUUGUGGACGACGGGGAAUCUAUGGAGUGGGAAACAAUGGGCUAAGGAAUCGUGA